GUUUGACCAGCUUAGACAUAAGCUAUGGAAUGUUUUGACCUUUGAGAUGUCCGCAGUGGCUCAGUUUAUCAAAAAAUACGGUGUUUAAUUUCUUUAUCCAAUGCCCCAUUGAAGUGCUGCUCCAAGAAUCAGAGAAAUUGAAGAACAGGCGAACCCAGCUAAAGAUAGGGAUGAUGGAUUGGUGGGUUUCCAUGCCAAAGCUGGAACUUCACGCGCACCUUAAUGGCUCUAUCAGGAACUCCACUCUAUUGGAGCUAGCCAAAGAAUUGGGGGAGAAAGGGGUAAUUGUUUUCUCAGAUGUGGAACAUGUUAUACUGAAAAAUGAUCGUUCACUUUAUGAAGUAUUCAAAGUGUUUGACUUGAUUCAUGUUCUUACCACAAACCACAAGACUGUCACCAGAAUUACCAAAGAGGUAGUUGAAGAUUUUGCUGCGGAGAAUGUUGUAUACUUGGAGCUAAGGACAACUCCUAAGAGAAAUGAUUCAAAAGGAAUGACAAAAGCGUCCUACAUGGAAGCAGUCCUGGAAGGAUUAAAGGCCGUCAGCACAGUUGAUGUUGAUAUUCUUCAUGAUUCAGAUGUAAAAAGCCAUCUUAAUGCUCAUACGCAAUGUGGUGGUGGGAUAAAUGGAACACAAAGAAAGAAGAUUUAUGUUAGACUUCUUCUGAGUAUAGAUAGGCGUGAGACCACUGAAGCUGCUAUGGAAACUGUUAAGCUUGCUAUGGAGAUGAGACAUUUAGGGGUAGUGGGUAUUGACCUCUCAGGCAAUCCUGUUAUUGGUGAAUGGAAAACGUUUCUACCAGCGCUGGAGUUUGCUAAAGAAAUGGGACUCUUAAUAACUCUUCACUGUGGAGAGUGCUUUUUUAGGUGCCAAACCCCAAAGAAAUCAAUGAAAUGCUAGAUUUUCUACCGGAAAGAAUUGGCCAUGCUUGUUACCUCAAAGAAGAGGAGUGGAAAAAACUGAAGUCCUCUAUGAUUCCGGUUGAAAUUUGUUUGACGUCCAACAUCACAACUGGAACCAUCUCUUCGUUGGAUGUUCAUCAUUUCGCUGAUUUGUACUAUUCUAAGCACCCGAUCGUGUUGUGUACUGAUGAUAGUGGUGUUUUCUCUACCACCGCAUCUCGUGAAUAUGACAUUGCCUCUUCUGCAUUCGGGACUGCAGGGUUCUAUUAUUGAUGCCGAACUCUGAGAUAUGCAGUCAAACUUCAAAUGCUAUGCUUGUUGCUCUGGAUGUGUGAUCGGGUUGAACUUACUUCAUCGUUGAAAAUUACUUCCUGUGCAUGUGACUCCUGAUUUGCAGUCAAACUUCAAAUGCUAUGCUUGUUGCUCUGGAUGUGUGAUUGGGUUGAACUUAUUUAUACUAAAAUUUUGAACUGCUCUCAAUAUAUUUCUAUUUCUAUAUACCCAAUGGUCAAUAAUGUUCAGUCUUUUAAUUUGAUUAGACAGCCCACAAUGCCCAAUAAAGUAGCUUAGUUUUGUUAUACGCCACUUAUUUAAUGGGAUAACUUGCAUAUCUCAGUUCACAGGAAGCUUGCGUUUUUUUUUUUUGCAAAAAGGAAGCUUGCGUUGUUGUUUAGCAUUUAUUGCCAAUGUACUUUUUAGAUAUAUUUUAAUAUGUUGUGCGGCUCAAGGAGAUAAGAGAGUACAAAUCAAUAAAUGCCAAAUCUUUUGUAAUCACUUAUUUUGCAAAGUGUGUUCACAAUUCGAAUUCAAACUGUUCCAAAUUACAUUUCGUAUUCAAAUUAGCUAAUGCUUUUACGACUAAAAAAGUUUUGACAUGACACAUUGCUACAACAAUUAAUGCAUCCGUUGCCAUCAUCAUACAGGCUGUUAAACUGAAUAAAACUGUUGACCACAAUUAAUGCAUUAUUCCACUCAAUACUUGACCCCAGUUGAUGGACCCUUUUUGACCCGAACUCAGCUAUUUGACCCGCUACAUUUGGGCGGGAAUUCAUGCUGGUUUCCCACAGCGGUAUAGGAAAAAAAGAGAUGUUUGAGCUGGCAAGGAAUGCCAUAUGCUUCAUCUUUGCUGAUGAUGGAGUCAAACGAGAAUUGGAACAAAUAUUUGAUUUAGCUGCUGAGAGGCUUCAAUUCUGAAGGAAGAGGGGUUUUAUUUGGUUAAUUAGAAUCAUUAUUGAUUAUUGGUUGGUUCGGUUGUUUCAAUUUGGUUUGUGGUAUGUUGCCUUUUAAGAAGGGUGAAACCUUUAACCAUAUCAUAUCCCUCGAGUCAUUUUCGGUCACUUUCGGUUGGUUACUUUCGUGCAGUUUGUAUUGAUUUUAGUUGUUUUAGUCAAUUCAGUCCAUUUUAAAGUCAAAAUCAUAAGCCGUAAACAGAAUUGUUCAUCCCUAAUGUGUGUAUUGAGUUUUUUCUCUGUAAUAUUACUGCAAUGCAGUUCAUGAACAAAAGAUCAGGAAAAAAUCA